AUGGUGCGUUGCGCUGGUGAUUUGAAAGAUUGCCAUGUGAUCGAGGUUGGCCCUGGACCUGGUGGGAUUACGAGAGGUUUUGGUUUUAUAAAGUUGUCAUAUUUAGCAAGUUUCAUAUUUAGCUCUUAUUUUUCAUAUUUAGCAAUUCUUGAAAAGCCCUGUCUUCGGUUAGAUGUUGUUGAAUUGGAUAGACAAUUUAUUCCAGCAUUAGAGCAUCUUAAACACCAUGCACAGGAUAGAAUGUUCAUUCAUCGGGGUGAUAUAAUGCAAACAGAUGUUGGAGGAAUUUGGGAAGAAGCGGGUGCUAACAAAUGUGAUUGGAUGGAUCAGAACCCGCCAUUUAGUCUAAUUGGAAAUCUGCCUUUUCAUAUAUCUACUCCACUUAUAAUAAAGUUAAUGAGGGCAAUAAGUGACAGGACUGGGCCUUUUGCUUUUGGACGUGUUCCAAUGAUGUUUUCCUUUCAAUUAGAAGUUGCAAAAAGAAUGGUUGCGCCAUUAGGAAGCGAUUUUCGAUCUCGUAUUGGCCUAACUUGCCAAAACUGGGCUGAACCAAAAAUUAUGUUUGAUAUACCUGGAAAAUGUUUCACACCUCAACCAGAAGUCAGUGUUGCGUUUGUGCGAUUGACGCCAAGGCAUUGCCGUUUAGACCCAACAAUGGUUGUUCCUAUGUUAGAUAUGCAGAAUUUUGCAGAAAUGUGCCUUUUCUAUGAAAAACAAUGCAGAGAAAUGCCAGGUCUUUUCCUUUAUGAUCAUCGUGAACCUGCAGAAAUGACUGAAUUAGCUAAACAUCCAUUUCCAUUCCCUCCAGUCUAUAGAAGACCCGUUGAUGCAUUAGAAAGGAUAGAAAGUAAAGGAUUAAAUUUAAAUGAAUUUGAUGCAGCAUUUAAAGAAACAAAACCUUGGAGAAGUAAAAAAGAAAAGAACAAAGAAAAGGAAGAAAGAAGAAGACAAGAUUUAGAAAAUCAAAAUAAUCAAGUUAAUUAG